AUGCCUGUAUGGCGGACGUAUAUAUAUACAUAUACAACACCACCACGCACAGAGCAUGCUGCACGAAGAGGCGCGGCAGCUGCACGCGUGCGCAGGCGAGACGCGCGCGAGAUGCCGGCGCGUCGCGGCGCACGGCGCGCCCAGAGUCCCGCGCAGCGCGCUGCGGGAUCCCACGCGUGGCGCGCCGCAAGGUCGCCGCAGGUGCGCUGCGCGCGCGUCUGGCGGCCGUGGGACCACAGGACCGGAGCCCGCCCAUGCACGCGCGCAAGAAGCGCACCUGCGCCCACAGACCGCAGCGCAGCCCGCCCGCUUCUGCGCGCGGGCUCAAACGCCGGCGCGGGCGCGGACCUCGGUUGCUGCCACCGUGCAGCGCCCGCAGGCACCCGCCGCGACACCCGAAACCCGCCUCGGGAUCUGACGCAACCCCGCGGCAGUCGCCGGCCGGGAUGUGAGCCAGCCCGCGAAUGCCGUGGCAGCGCUUGUCGGCCGAGAUGGGGCUUGUAG